AUGAACGGCAAACGUCAGAGCGCGUCCAGCAGAAACACCCGCACUGCACCCAGGAAUGCAGACGGCCAAAUUUACUGCAACUAUAAGGGCUGUCAGUCCGCACCAUCGACGUUCCGCCGUCUUAGCGACUGGAAUAAACACAUGGACAAACAUGAACGUCCUUACAAGUGCGAUGUUCCUGGCUGCAACAAGGUUCAAGGCUUCACGUACUACGGCGGUCUCCUACGCCAUGAGCGUGAGGUCCACAAAAAGGACGCUAGCGCGAGAGCGCCGAUUUUCUGCCCCUACGAAGACUGCAAUCGCAGUUCUGGGAACGGGUUUACACGGCAGGAGAAUCUCCGAGAACAUCUACGCCGUCGUCAUCUGCACACUGACGACGUGAGCGCCGGUUUCUCUAUCCUAGUCAAUCCCUUGGUUAGCUUGGACUUUCGAGCUAACCAUUUGCCUGCUGCGGUUGUUGAUACUUGCUAUGAUGCUUCCCUUAGCGAAACCCUGUCGCAGGCAAAUGAUAAAGGUAGUCUUCAUAACGAAUUCGAACAACUGUAUCGGGAGGAUAGGUUGAAAGGUCGUCGCAUAGAGGAACUGGAGCGCAAGGUGGCUGUACUCCAGGCUACGAUUGCUCGGUCAACCUAG